AUGCCUAAAGUAAAGAGUAGAUUAACAUCUAAAGAACAAAAAUGUUUGAUAGAUUUCGAUGAAAUUUCUCCUGAACGACAUGACUUUGCUUUAAUGUUACUUUGUUCAAGAUCACUUUAUCGUAUUCAAUUAAGAUGUUUUGAACAUAAUGUUCUUAAUAAUCAAGAUAUUUGUGAUAUAGUUCAACGGGAAGUUGAUAGAUUACCUAAAUUAUUAUCGGUAAUUGGUGCAUCAUUAGAAGCCAAUGGUUCUUAUAAUGCUAAUCAUCAUGAAAAUUUAAUGAUGCUAGAUUUCUGUAAACAAAUUACAAAUUCAAAUGAUCCUUUAGAUAUAAUUAGAAGUCUUUUAACAGCUGAACAAAAUUCUAGAUCUUUAAAAAGUUCUAGUGAUAAAAAAGUUAAAAAAAUGUAUAGAAAUCUAAUUAAUUUAAUUGAUGAUUUAAAGAAAUUUAUGCAAAAUCGUAACUCAACUGAUGAUUCAACAACCAAUUUAUCCACUUCCACUUCCACCUCCUCCUCUACUACUCGAAAACGUAACAAUUUUCGGCCGGUUUAUUUUAUGGGAAAUUAUUGUGUUUGUACCGAAGGUAUUCCUGGAAGUGGUGAAGAAACUUUUAUUCAUCCACCUACAGCUCUUCUUUGGCUUCCCGUCCUUACUAAUAAGGAACGUAUCACUCAACAUACGACCUCGGCAUUUUCUUUACGUAAGAAAACUGAAUUCGCUAAAAAUAAUGGACCUUCUUUUAGACCUCAAUUACUUCGAAUGAAUUUUGUUCAAACAUUUGGUCGUAAACAAUUACAACAAUCAUCUACUACGAAAUCUGAGAAAUUACGUCGUGUUACGAACAAUUCUUCACAACAAUCACAACAAUCUCAAAAUUCACAAAGUUCACAGCAAUCACAAUCGACUCAGCAUCAAGAUUCUCCAUCGUCGUCAUAUUCACACAUGCCUGUAACAUCGAUUAAUGCGAUUCUUAAUCAUAAAGCAACAAACACUAGUUUAUCGUCAAACGAUUCACAACCUGUAUUGGUUAAACCAACACCGAAACGUGUUCCUUUUUCUAUAAAUACCGAUAUUCCAAGAAUUUUAUCUACUCCUCGUAAUGAUAUGACAUCUAAUAUGACAUCUAAUAUGGCUUCUAAUAUGACACCUAAUAUGACACCUAAUAUGACAUCUAAUAUGGUUGCUACUACGACCUCAUACAUGACACCAGUUCAAUCACCAAUUGCUUCUAAUUGUAAUUGCAGCCCAUUAAGUGCAACACGUGAUUUCAGAAAAUUAUGUCCUUGUAUAGUUAACAUGUCAACAUCAUCAUCUUCUCAAGGAUUUAAUAAUAGUAGUAACAAUCCAUUAUUAUCACCUCCGUUAUUUACCGGUGAUUUUUCUUUGAGAAAUUCGCAUUACAACACGUCCACACGAAAUUAUAGUUAUGGGUAUAACUCGGGAAUGUCGAUAAAUUAUGAUGGAUCGUCAUCUUCAUCUUCGCGUAAAAAUUCGUUAUUUUGA